UGGACCCCCUCAGGGAGACUCACUUCCUCCCCCCUGAUGAACCCUUCCCUACAAGAGGUUAUUGGCCUACUCAGGGCAGAGUUUGCCUUUGAUGGCUAUCUGGAGAAUGGUGUAGAGGAUCUGGCAAUGGGGGAGUAUUUCCUGUCUCUGAAGGACCUACAGUACCAGACAUUCUGCAAUGUUGUGAAAGUGAAGUUCUGUGACCUUUACUGGGAUGAGGACUUAUUGGGAGUGGUACACUGUGUGGUCAACUACAGCCAAUUAUCUCUAGGCUCUAAUGAACAGUCUCCAUCAAAGCCAUGGCAAAGGUCAGCCACCUCAUCCCCGGAGUGCUUCCAGCUGUAUAGCAGAGGAGAGGGAGGCACUGCGGCGUGGUCAUGUCGACCUGAACAGCACCCUGCACCACAGUGGACCUGUAGCUUCAGACGCGUGGGAGAGAUUUGAGAGACACCAGAGGGCCCUGUCUGCACUCAGAGAAACAGAGACUAGACCUGAACAUAAAGAUACUGAAUCAGAGGGUCAACAUCAUAUCUGCCCAGGUGCAGAGGUGUCCAGCCACAGCCACAGCCCAGCCUGGGCCCUGGCCUUCUAUGGAGGGGACUGUUUUAGUCAGGAUGUGGUGGAAUAUGCUAGGAACUUGGGACAGCAUAGUGAGUCCCCGUGCCUGGAGCUGAAAACACAGGAGCUUCAACAGCAGCUUAUGAUCGAGACGAAGAGUCUGAAAAAGACCAGACAUUUCUACCAAAAGCUGCUCCAUCAAGAGAGAAACAAACGUUCGGAUGCUAGAUUGAUGCUGUCCAAACUCAAAGUCCAGCUUGAGGAGUUGAGGUCCAAAGUGGAGUUUCUAGACUCUAUAAAGAAAUAUCUGGAGGUUCUGAGUGUGGAUCAAUGGGAUGUGGAUGUGUCCCUCCUUCCCUCCCUGGCAGCCUCUGAUCCAGGGAGCCCUCUGGAUCUCCAGCCCUCAGAGGAGCCUGCCGUGCUGGGAUUGGUCUCUUUGUCUGGGGCAGGGAAAGGGAAGAGCAGCCUGCAGGCCGCCACACCCCUGGAUUUCAUGUCCUACCUCUAUGCCAGAAAUGCUCCAUUGGAGGGUUGCAUCCAACAGUUCCUGUACACUUACCGCUAUUUCUGUACCCCUCAAGAACUCCUUCAGUUCCUGAUGGGCAAAUUCACCAGUGCAGUAGCAGGAGGUGAUCCAGAUGUGUCAGGGGACAGUGCUAAGGUGUACCACCGGAGUCUGGACGUGCUGCAAACCUGGCUGACUGACUACAUAAUGGUGGACUUCAGCCCCAAGUCCAGCCUGCUGAUGACCCUGGAAAACUUCCUCACCACUGAAGUGUCUCCGUUAGACAGUAGAGGAGAGAGACUUUUGACCACUCUUCAGAGGUCUUCCAGGAAGAGGUGGGGCCAAGGCUGUGGGAGCCCAAUCAGCAUGCAGGAGGGUGAUGAUGAUGAUGCACUAUCUGUCCAUACCUCAUGCAAAAAAUCAGCUAUUGGGUACUCUGGAAGGAAGGUCCAUAGAAGGAUUAUUAUGAGUGUACUAUUAUGUUGUUGAUGUUUUUCUUGUCAGAAAAGAAAAUGGUUGGUUCAAAGUACUGAAAGUUUGUCUGACUCAAAAAUAAUCAAUUUACACUAUGUAUUUCAACUGAUUGGGACCAUCAGAGCUGCGUUGUAUUCAUUACGUGAAUACUAUGUUGCAUUAGCAUCAAACAUUGGCACCAAACGGAAGAAAAGAGACUGAAUAAAGGAGGGACUACCUGGACUUGUCCAAUAAGAACCACAGUGUGUGCAGUCAUUAAUGGCAGCGACGGUAUAUAGAGUACCUUCAGAAAGUAUUCAUACCCCCUUAACUCAUUCCACAUUUUGUUGUGUUACAGUCUGAAUUCAAAAUCGAUUAAAUAUAUUGUUUUCUCUCACCCAUCGAGACAAAAUACCCACAUAAUGACCAAAUUAAAACAUGUUUUUAGAAAUGUUUGCAAAUGUAUUGAAAAUGAGAUACCGAGAUAUCUAUUUUAAGUAUUCACAUUUACAUAAGUAUUCAAUACAUGUUAGAAUCAUCUUUGGCAGCGAUUACAGCUGUGAGUCUUUCUUGGUAAGAGCAUUUCACACCUGGAUUGUACAAUGUUUGCACAUUGUUCUUUAUCAAAUUCUUUAAGCUCUGUGUAGUUUGUUGUUAAUUAUUGCUAGACAGCCAUUUUCAAGUCUUGCCUUAGAUUUUAAAGCCGAUUUUUAAGUCUACACUGGAACUAGGCCACUCAGGAACAUUCAGUUUCGUCUUGGUAAGCAACUCCAAUGUAUAUUUGGCCUUGUGUUUUAGAUUAUUGUCCUGCUGAAAGGUACAUUUGUCGCCCAGUGUCUGUUGGAAAGCAGACUGAACCAGGUUUUCCUCUUGGAUUUUGCCUGUGCUUAGCCCUAUUCCAUUUAAUUUUAUCCAGCAAAAAAACUCCCUCUUCCUUGCCGAUAACAAGCAUACCCAUAACAUGAUGCAGCCACCACCAUGCUUGAAAAUAUGAAGAGUGGUACUCAGUGAUGUGUUGUUGGAUAUGCCCCAAACAUAACACUUUGUAUUCAGGGCAUAAAGUGCAUUUCAUUGCCCCAUUUAAAAAAAAUAAAGUUUUACUUUAGUGCCUUAUUGCAAAAUGCAUGUUCUGGAAUAUUUUUUAUUUUGUACAGGUUUCCUUUUCGCUCUGUCAUUUAGGUUAGUAUUGUGGAGUAGCUAUAAUGUUUUUGAUCGAUCAUUUUUCUCCUAUCACAGCCAUUAAACUAUGUAACUGUUUUAAAGUCACCAUUUGCCUAAUGGUAAAAUCCCUGAGCGGAUUCCUUUCUCUCCGGCAACUGACUUAGUAAGGAUGCCUGUAUCUUUGUAGUGACUGUCGUGUAUUGUUACACCAUUCAAAGUGUAAUUAAUAACUGGUCCAUGCUCAAAGGGCUAUUCAGUGUCGCUUUGGAUUUUGUUACCCAAUUGGUGCCCUUCUUUGCGAAACGUUGGUUGACUCUGUGUUUGAAGUUCACUGCUCGACUGAGGGACCUUACAAUUAUCUGUAUGUGUGGGCUACAGAGAUGAGGUAGUCAUUCAAAAGUCAUGUUCAACACUAUUACUGCACAUGCAACUUAUUAUGUGACUUGUUAAACAUAAUUACUGAUGAACAUAAUUAGGCUUGCCAUAACAAAGGGGUUGAAUACUUACUGACUCAAGACAUUUAAACUUUUCAUUUUUUAUUAAUUUGUAAAAAAGUCUAAAAACAUAAUUCCACUUUGACAUUAUGGGGUAUUGUGUAUAGGCCAGUGACACUAAAUGUGAUCCAUUUUAAAUUGAGGCUGUAACACAACAAAGGGGGAAAGUCGAGGGAUCUGAAUAAUUUCUGAAGGUACUGUAUGUAUUCAUAGCCAGAACCUUUCUAAGUUGAUGUAUCUCUGUAGAGCUUCCAGUGGAGGAUAUCCAGGGUGGUUGAGCCCCAGUCGACCCAGCCUAAAGACAAGGCCUACUCCAUAGCAGCAGCCCUGCCCCGGCCCUACUACACCUCGAUUAUGGAUGACAUCUCCAGUGCCUGCCUUGGAAGCGAGGAGAGAUACCCCUUUAGUCAGAGUGAACACAGCGCCCAACACACGGCACAGCAACUCACUCUACUGCAGCAGGAAAUGUUUCAAGGCUGUCACCCAAUUCAUUUCCUCAACUCAAAUCUCAAGGAGUCAGGGACAAAGCUGUUUGUGUCACCAAACAUGCGUCACACUCUGUUCCUCCAGUAGAGGGCAGCAGUCUAUUUGUUCA